AUCACGAGGCUGUUUAGUACGGUGUGGUCUAAACAUUACAGCUAUCUUUUCUUGGUCACUGUACUGGCUAUCGUAAGAUUGGACACCUUCGUGAUCGUAAAAGUUCGAGGAUAAUCUCUCUCCAAAAGAUUCAUACACAAUGAGCGAGCUUACGAAUAACAAAACCAAAAUUGGACAGGAAAAUGUUUAUUACGAGAUGGAAUACAAAGGAGAAAACGAAGAUGGAACCUAUGAAAAAGUUAUUGUUAAAAAUGAAAGUCCCCAGGAACGACCAAGAGAGAGAGCACAACCGUAUAAAGAUCCAGAAGAAGUAAAAUCUCGCUAUUUCCUUGUUGUUGUGACUGCCAUUGCUAUUGCUUCCCUCUUGACAGCCGCUGCCACCAUGGUUUUAGCCUUUGCAAUGACCAAUUCACGAAGCGAUGUUUCGACAACUAGAGAGUCUUGCUGCGAAAUGUCAGAAAUUAACAAAAAUAACUUCUCGGCUCCUAGAGAAUCCUCGGUCUCAAAGAAGUUAAGGGAAUUGGACGCUGCAUUAGCUAACAUGAAGAAGGAGUUGGAAAUUAUGAAAAAAAAAGGCGAAAAUACAGCAGAAUUGUGGCUCAUCCUUAAUGGAACUGUAGAUGAGAAGUUUUUUUAUUUUCAAAAAAAAAUUCUUAAACUGGAUCAGAAGGUUGAUCAGGAGUUUAAAAGAAUUCGGCAAGAUGUAAAGCAGACAGAAGGAAGUUUGUUGAAUAAAACGAACACAUCUCUGCAAGAAUUCGAAAACAAGGUCAACAGUGAAAUUAAAGUUGUUUCACACAAGCUGAAUAAAACAAUUGCCCGUGGUGACUAUUUAUCUUCUUCAUUGGAAUCACUUGGGAAAAACGUAACGAAUCGUUUUGGAAAACUUGAACUUAGAGUUAAAAUGGAGGAAGAAAAGUCUAGCAACAUUAAAAAAAGUUCGGAUCACCACUCCGAGUUGAUCCAGUACUUGACUAAUAUGCUGAAUGACACUCGGGAGGAUAUGAGGAAUAUGUCUCGAGAACAAUCCACGGCUUUGGAACUAACUCAAAAUUCCACAGUUACGGAACUUCUAAGAGUUCGGAUGUUGGUGAACUCAGCGCAGACGAUUCUCUUGACACAGUUUAAGAAAAUGCAUGAAAACAUGACUGAAAAGGUAACAAAGGAAAGUGAGAAACUUGAUACCAGAAUAAAAGUUGAGGAAAACAAAUCAAAUACCACAAAGCAGGUCACGGAUCAACACCUCAAGAGGAUCCAGCAAAUAGAGGAAUUGAUCAACAUUACUCGUAAAAAAAUGAAAGAAGAAUCAAAAAGGUAUUUGACCGCGCUAUGGUUGGCAGGAAACUCUACAAAAACGGAUCUUCAAAGUAUACGCAUGGUUUUGAAUGCAACGCGUGGUAAUAUUGUUAGACAGCUAAAGGAAGUGCAAGACAACUUGACUAAACAGGUCAAGAACGUUAGUAAGAUGCCGGGUCCUAGCGGACCUCCUGGCUACAACGGAAGUCAGGGACCUGUUGGCCCUCAGGGAGCCCUGGGUCCUGCUGGUCCUAAAGGAUCAGGAGACUUUAGUCAAUGUCAAUAUAAAAAUACAAGUACAGUUGCGAUUCCUGGUAGCAAGAAUAGGAUACUUGUACAUAUUAAUCAGCCAACAAAUAAAAAGAUAAUGGCAGUGACAUGCUCAACGGAUUACGGCUCUGAGUAUAAUCUUAUAUCGACGGUGCAAAGAGGCGUCCUGAGAUACGUUUGCAUCUGUCAAGGAAAAUCCACAUUUUUCAAUGGAGGAACUAGUUGCUACCUGCACUAUUGGAUUUGCCCUUUAACAACGUAG